CUGUUCAAUCCUGUAUCUAACACCCACUGGUUCUUUCAUUCAUACCCGUCAGGGGGAAACCGUACGCUGUACAUGUAUUCGUUCAUACAAAGCUGCCUUUAGCUUUGCAAUCUCUCCUAAAAAAAUUUAUUCAAUCCCAAUCUCCCCCUGGAUCUCUAACCCUCACCCUCCCUGGCCUGGAUUGCCUCCCUUAUCCAUCUACCUACAUUCCUCCACCCCCCGUCAAGCCAACACUUCACAUUCUCGCGCAAAAUGAUGACCCAACAGCAUCCCAGAGUCAACCGAAUGCUGACCUUCAAGCGUCAAAAUUCCGCCUCAGCCGAUGGCCUCUCGACCAAAUACGGUGCUGGCAAAGCCCGUCUGCGAGGUCGCAAAUCCGCCAAAGAUCCUCUCUCAACGCCCCCCCGUCGACCAGAGAGACGCUCCAGAUCCAGUCCAGCCACCCCGCCUGCCACCCCGGGACCAGACGUGAUCACCAUCGCCGUGGGGCCCGAAAAGCGCCUCUUCGCCGCGCACAAGGAGAUCCUGUGCGUCUCGUCAUUCUUUGCCGCAGCGUGCGCGCGCGCUCCCCUCUCGCCAUCCGGCCUCCUCGCUGAACCCCUCGACUUGCCGGACGAGCAGCCCGAGGUCUUCUCCUGUGUCUUGGAGUACCUGUACCGAGGCGACUACUUCCCUCGUCUUUUGCACAACAAGCGGCGGGACUCUUGGGAGAUCGAGGAUGCGGGGACGGAUCGUCAUGGGCAGAGCCAUGGGGCUACGAUCUUUCAUCGGGAGGCGGGCGCGGAGAUUUUGAGGGAUACGGCUGUCUACUGCGCAGCAGACAAAUACAACCUCGAGAUGCUCAAGCGCCUCGCGCUUCGCAAACAGGGCCUCCACACGGGCAUCCAGUGCAACACGAUCCUGACCAGCGCGCGCUUCGCCUACGCCAACACCCCCGACCACGAAUCCAAGCUGCGCGCGCACUACCUGGCGCUGAUCAUUCGCAGCAGAGACACGUUCAAGCGCAGCGGCACCAUGCAGAUGGAGAUGGAGCAGGGCGGGAAGCUGUUCUUUGAUCUGUUUGUGGCGAUGUGUAAUUUUAUGGAUGACACUGCCGCGUCGCAGAACCCGAAGCCUUCUCACGCCUGAUGAUUUGAUCGAUCGAUGGCUUCUACUCUGCUGGCUUGGAGUGUUCAUCAUCCCUCCCUCCCUCAUCGAGUCACCUAGGUCCGGUCCUCAGACUCAGACGGAGUACCAACCCCAAUCACAUGGGCCAGGCUCUACUCUUCUUCCCGAAAAAAAAAAGGUGAAUAGGUAUAGGUAUAGUAUGGAUUUAUCGGAUGCUCUACAUGUGAUUUCUCCUUUUCUUGUCUUCUUGUCUUGCUUCAUUGUGUCUUGCAUUUUUGCGGUUUCUUUUCGUCAGGUCAGAUCGGUUUGCUUUCAAUUGGGCGGGUAGGUUAUCAUCGAGCGUGGGGUGCUUU